AUGCUGAUCAAUGCGUACCGCGGCAGCUUCGCGGGUAUACAUGUUGUGCAUCGUGCAGCACACAUAUUACCUAGGUAUGCUGUGAGACAAGCGAGCAUCCCCAUGGCACUCAUGCCAUAUGGGCGCAUGGCGUCUCUAGUUCAAGGUCGAUUUCAUAGCCAUAUGACAUCGACGCCCCCCGAGCCCCCGAGGACGGACAAACAUCAACUGGUGAAAAGAAACAGCACAAAUUGGGAGAUUUUGUCGACUCUUCUAACAUACGUGUGGCCGAAAAAUGAUUUUGGGACAAAAGCUCGCGUCAUAUUGGCUCUGUCGUUACUGUUAGCUGGUAAGCUCCUUAAUGUCCAAGUGCCUUUCUUUUUCAAGGCUGUUGUGGACCGCAUGAAUGACGUCGCUUCGCAGCCACUCGAUUUGGCUAAUCCAAAUACGGUGUGGGUUGUCGCAGGCGCAUCGAUCUUGGGAUAUGGUGUCGCGCGUAUUGGCGCCUCAGCUUUUUCAGAGCUUCGAAACGCUGUGUUUGCGAAUGUGGCACAGCGAUCCAUUCGCAAGAUCGCUCGCAGUGUGUUCACGCAUCUACUCAAUCUUGAUCUAAGUUGGCAUCUUAGCCGUCAGACCGGUGGUUUGACUCGUGCUAUUGAUCGAGGCACGAAGGGUAUAUCUUUUCUGCUCUCGUCCAUCGUGUUCCAUAUUGUUCCAACUGCAUUGGAAAUUUCGUUGGUUUGUGGCAUCUUGAGUAUCAAAUGCGGUCCUUCAUACGCUUCAGUAGCCGGUCUUACUAUGCUGGCUUACGCAUGGUUCACCAUUCGCACGACAAGUUGGCGUACGCAUUUCCGUCGUGAUGCAAACUUGGCCGAUCAGCGCGGUGCCACAACUUCCCUUGAAUCACUUCUAAACUAUGAGUCCGUAAAGUACUUCAACAAUGAACAGCACGAAAUACAGAAGUACGACUCAGCACUUCAGAACUAUGAAAAGGCCAGUGUUCGAGUAUCUACAAGUCUGGCCGCUUUGAAUUCAGGACAGAACGCUAUCUUCUCUACGAGUCUGACUAUCAUGAUGCUGCUCACCGCGCACGGCAUUUUGACUGGCACCAUGACAGUAGGUGAUUUGGUCAUGGUCAAUCAGCUUGUCUUCCAGCUCUCUCUCCCUCUCAACUUCUUGGGCUCCGUAUACCGAGAGCUGCGCCAGAGUCUCGUGGACAUGGAGACUAUGUUCAAUUUGCAGAAGCAGCAACAGAAAAUUUGCGACAAACCAAAUGCAUCUGUACUACCACCUGUUCGUGGCGAUAUCCGGUUUGAAAAUGUAACGUUUGGAUACCACCCGGGACGUCCCAUAUUGAAAAACUGCAGCUUUACCAUUCCUGCGGGUCAGAAGACGGCGCUUGUUGGUCCGUCGGGAUGCGGUAAGUCGACCAUUUUCCGUCUCUUGUUCCGCUUCUAUGAGCCGCAGACCGGCAAGAUUUAUAUCGAUGACAAUGACAUCAGUCAGUUUUCUCUCGAGAGUGUGCGCAAGGCGAUUGGUGUUGUGCCGCAGGAAACAGCCCUCUUCAAUUCUAGUAUUUGGGACAAUCUUAAGUAUGGCAAGCUUGCAGCGUCCGAUGAGGAGGUGCGCCGCGCCGCUCAUUUAGCGCGCGUUGACCACGUUGUGGAACAGCUUCCAGAUGGCUUUGACACGAUCGUUGGCGAACGUGGUCUUAUGAUUUCGGGCGGAGAGAAGCAGCGCUUGGCCAUUGCACGAAUGCUCCUGAAAGAUCCACGUAUCAUGUUCUUUGAUGAGGCAACAUCAUCACUUGACUCUCACACAGAGACAGAGCUUAUGCGCAAUAUCAACACACUGUUGCGCGAUAUGAGCCGCACAUCGAUCUUCAUCGCUCACCGAUUGCGCACAGUCGAAGAUGCGGAUCACAUUCUUGUGCUGGAUCAUGGACAUGUGGCCGAGCGCGGCACGCAUGAGGCGCUCUUAGAGCAACAUGGCCUCUACUAUGAUCUCUGGCUCGCACAGUCAGAGCGCAUCAAUAAGGAUCCCGAGGAGAAAGACGAAGAAUCGCUCAAAACGGAGUGA